AUGCAAGCGGGAGGAAAAGGAGGGCGUGAACGAGGAGCACGCACGUUGUCAAAGAAAGAAAAAGAAGCAGCCGCGAAAGCCAAAGAAGAAGAGGCGCGAAAGAAAGAGGAGGAAAAGCAGAAAAAACGGGAAGAAAAAUUGUUAGGGAUAAAACCAAGUAAAAAGGACCGAGCCGAGAAGGCAGAGGAGCCGCUCCAAGAAGAAGAAACCACGGUAGAAAAAAAAGAUAAACACUCAAAGAAGACAAAAAGCGAGAAACUUGAGAAGAAGAAAGAACGUGAAAAGACAAGACUGGAUAAACAAAAAGAAAUUGUUGUUGAUGAGAAAAUUGAAAACACACAAAACGUCGACAACAACAACGCGGCAGAGGGAACCGAACCCGUUGUCGAUGAACCUGAAAAAACUGAGAAAGUCAAAAAAGUCGCCUAUGUUCCUCCUCCAGAAAAAUUUGAAGAUUUUGAGAAUAUAGAAGAGCACAAAAAAGCGAAGAAAGUUUCACACGAAGUUAAACAGGUCAACUUUGAUUUUACCACACGUUCUGGUAACAUCUCAUUGAAAGACAUUCCUAAAGACGUUCGUAAAAAAGAUUUUCCCGAGGAAGACCGUCUAGAUUUUGUGUAUAAUUAUCUUUCCCAAUGGUCAGACCCAGCAAAUUAUUCGGAGUAUCCGUAUAACAAAUUUUCGCAGUCGGAUCAAAAAGAUUUUCAGUUCAUCAUGGGGCGUGUUGGUGUGAGCAAACGUAAAGCACUUGCAAAGUCUUUAUCUGAAACCUGUUCGACUGUUGGCGGUUUAUGCCUUUUAGAGGGUCUCUCCUUACAAACAGACACCAUCAAAUUUCCCGAAAACGAAGUGGAAACCAACAUUUUCCAUUUCUUAACAAUGCAUGACGUUUACAAGUCGUUCAGUUGCAUUUUAUCCAAUUUUUCUGCGCUUAAAAGUCGCCCCGUUCAGCAACAAGACGAGAUGUUGACGUUUGUUCAAAACGAGAUGAAAAAAGUGAGAGUUCCAGAUUGCGUGAGUUUGAAGGCCUUCAAAUCUGUCUAUCCCAAUACCUCACCAGAGCUCUCAGAAAAACUCGGCAGUUUGAUAGACUUGGAUCGUCUUCUUUUCAAAAAAGUCACCAAAAAAAUCUUUGAGUUUUCUCUCAAAUCUCUUGACGUCACUGUGACGGAACGAAUGCUUGUUAUAGACCCGGAGUGUUACGAGCAUUGGGACGACUUAGUUCUUCAAAAUUUGGAGCCUUCAGAAAAGCUUCUUACAAAGAUCAAAAACAAUGAAAAAAUCGAGAUGAAACUCUUCUGCCAACGAUCUAUUGACAAUUUCAACAACAACACCGAAGCCAAAAAUUUCGUGCGACUUUGCAAGUCUAUCGUCGUACCUAUUAACUAUUGGAAGAUCGCAAUUGUCGCUUCAACGGUCAUGGUUUGCGUUGUUGCCUCCAUUUAUGUUAUUUUCAUGAAUUGA